CGUCUUAACAUCCUCAAAAUUGACAACUUGAUCUAUCGAUAAGUAGCCGGUUCAGCCUCCUUUACGAAAUCAUCGUCAGCUUCCAGUACAUUAUCUUCUUUCAGCUCAAACAGCAUGGCGGAGGUGGAUACUCCUCCCGUCCCAGAUAGUGCAACGGAAGCGCACUCCGCUUCUCGAUUACCAGCCGCGGAAGGUGCAAUAACAGGAACGCUCGCCACAGCCGGAGAUGAAACUGCUUUGACAAUAACAGGCGCAGCUGACGGCGACGACGCGCAAGGCCAGAAGAAAAUGAAAAAGAUGGUGCGACGCAAGCGGCGGCCUGCGCGUGUACAGAUUGACCCAUCGACAAUCAAAUCAGAACCGCCACCACAAACAGGUACUAUCUUCAAUAUCUGGUACAACAAGUGGUCCGGUGGAGAUCGGGAGGACAAAUAUCUUUCACAGCAUGCCGCUCCAUCUCGAUGCAAUGUUGCGCGGGACUCUGGAUAUACACGAGCGGACCGAGUUCCUGGAUCAUAUUUUUGCUUGUUCUUCGCACGAGGAGUAUGCCCAAAGGGACAUGAAUGCGAAUAUCUGCAUCGACUGCCGGGCGUGCAUGACCUUUUCAACCCGAACGUGGAUUGUUUUGGGAGAGAUAAGUUUAGUGAUUAUAGAGAUGAUAUGGGUGGUGUGGGUACUUUCAUGAGGCAAAACCGGACGCUGUACAUUGGUCGGAUACAUGUCACGGAUGAUAUAGAAGAGGUGGUCGCACGGCAUUUUGCAGAGUGGGGUGAAGUUGAGAGAAUUCGUGUUCUCAAUACCCGCGGUGUGGCAUUCGUGACAUAUACAAAUGAAGCCAACUCGCAAUUUGCCAAGGAAGCUAUGGCACACCAGUCGCUAGACCACUCGGAAAUACUCAACGUGCGCUGGGCAACCGUGGAUCCCAAUCCGAUGGCGCAAAAACGCGAUGCGCGUCGUCUUGAAGAGCAGGCGGCUGAGGCUGUACGACGCGCCCUUCCAGCAGAGUUCGUCGCCGAGAUUGAGGGUAAAGACCCGGAAGCCCGGAAAAGAAAGAAGAUUGAAGGAAGUUUUGGACUACAGGGCUAUGAAGCACCAGACGAGGUUUGGUAUGCUCGACAGCAGGCCGCUGCUGCCGUCGAACCUCCUGCCUUAGAAGGCGGAGAGAAGAAAUUGAUGAUUGAAAAUGGCCCCGAAGCUAGCGAGCAGGACGGGUAUAAAACUGCUGCCGGUUCAGAAAGUAAUGAGAUGGGUGGGGGUAUCUUGUCGAGCUCGACGCUCAAUGCGCUAAAGAAUUACUCCAGCCAGGGCCAAAGAUCGACUUUCAUGUCUAAGCCUGCGGCAGCACCACCAGGUCCCUUAGUAGCCUAUGGAAGUGAUGACGACAGUGAUUGAAGGGAAAAGUUUUCUGUAUUCCGAUACCAGGGCACGUUUGGGGGCUCUCAUCUUUGUAUUUCAAGGUAUUCAUAUUGUGUAAUAUACUUUUGCGGACGUAAUGGUCCUCACCAGAAAAUGCUAAUAUAUGCAUGCAUUAAAGCCCG